UUUUUUUUUUUCUUCUUCUUCCUCCUUCAGUCUCAUUCAUUUGCCCUCAAACUCAUCAUGUUGCGCCAUUCUCUUCUCCGCUCAUCUAGAGCAUUGCUGGCUCAGUCUCAGUCUAGGACUGUUGCUAUGGCUCGCCGAGCUAUGAGCACUAAAGCUACUGCUACCCAUUUCACCGAUCAUGCUUUGAGCCAUGCAGAUGUGGACGCAGAUCCAAAGACGUUGGACAUCAUUGAUAAGCAUGCCAAAUAUACAUUGACAACUUAUGGUCGUCCACCUGUAGUCUUCACUCACGGCAAAGGAACCUAUCUCUAUGAUGUAGGUCAGCGUGAAUAUUUGGAUUUCACUGCUGGCAUUGCUGUCAAUGCAUUGGGCCAUUCAGAUCCCGAGGUGGCGGGUGUCUUGUUUGAACAAGCGAAACAAGUGGUUCAUCUCAGUAACCUUUAUUAUAAUAUCCCUGCAGGGGACCUUGCAGAACAGUUGAUCGAGGCCACUCGUGCUUCAGGUCAUUUCCAAGCUUCAAAGAUCUUUUUCUCUAAUUCAGGGACAGAAGCUAAUGAAGGAGCUUUGAAAUUUGCACGUAAAGUCGCUAAAGUGACUACUGCUCAGCAACUUGGAGAAGAGGCAGUGAACAAAAAGAUCGGAGUAGUUUCGUUUACAAAUGGAUUUCAUGGACGAUCGAUGGGUGCAUUGUCUGCUACACCUAAUCCCAAAUACCAAAAACCAUUCUGGCCUUUGGUCCCUGGAUUUGCCCAUGCACCCUUCAAUGAUGUGGAGGCUGUUGACAAGUUUGUAACUGAUGAAACUUGUGCAGUCAUUGUGGAGCCUAUUCAAGGAGAAGGAGGAAUCAAUGUUGCAACAGAAGCCUUUUUAAAAAAGUUGAGACAGAAGUGUGAUGAGGUUGGAGCCAUGUUAAUCUUUGAUGAAAUUCAGUGCGGGUUGGGACGCACAGGUAGAUUGUGGGCCCAUCAAAAUUAUCCUAAGGACUGUGUGCCUGACAUGUUGACCAUGGCUAAACCUCUCGCGAACGGAUUUCCCAUUGGAGCCAUCAUGAUUACAGACAAGGUCGCUGAGAAGAUUGUCAUUGGUGAUCACGGAACGACCUUUGGAGGAAACCCUCUGGGUUGUGCUGUUGCCUCCAAUGUGUUUCGUCGAAUCAACACCCCCGAGUUUCUGGACAAUGUGAACAAGAACGGUCAAUAUUUCCGUGAACAAUUGGAAUCAAUCUCUUCACCUUUGAUCAAAACAGUUCGUUCCAAGGGGUUGAUUUUGGGAUUGCAAUUCAAUGUGGAUCCUGCCCCUUUGAUUGCUCUAGCCCGUGAACGUGGAUUGUUGAUCAUUACAGCAGCCAACAAUACAAUUCGAUUUGUUCCACCUUUGAACAUCUCCAAGCCAGAGAUUGAUAAAGGAAUCAAGAUCUUGAAACAGGCCAUCGCUGCCUUUGAUGACAAGACUCUGGACGUGAAGGCAUAAAAAAAGUAAACUAGUAUAAUGUUGACCAUUCAUAUUCUCCCAAAAAAAAAGAGUUUAUUAAAAAAAUGUCCAU